AUAUCAGCUGAAUUAUUCGGCUAAAAUGCCCUGGCACGGGCAUACGUAGUCGUCGGUCCGCCAUUACGACGCAGCCGAGACACGUUUGUCGUAUUUAGUUGAAUAUUUUCGUUUAUAAAUGAGUAAUAACGCUCAUGAUCUAAGUAAACGACUUCUGAAUGCGUUGGAUAACAGUUACAAUGUUGUCGACAUGCAUGCUGUUAAUGAAAUCAUAUCCAUUUUGGAAAAGUUCAAUAUCACAAAAGAGCUGUUGGAGACCACCAGACUUGGCAAACAUGUGAACGAGCUGCGGCGCAAGACCUCGGACCCGACGCUGGCGCGGCGCGCCAAGGUGCUGGUGAAGCGAUGGCGGGACCUCGUCAUACCGGCCGUCAACUCGCCCAAGCAAACUGCGCUGCCGGGGUCGAACCGAUCUUCGGCCGAGCGACAGAUGCGGCGGCUGGGCGGCACCCCGCUCACCUCCCCCGCACUCGCGCUUACCAGGCAAGUUGUGAGCCCGGCGGUGAACAGCCCCAGGCCAGUUUCAAGACCAGCGUGGGGCGGCUACGAGUCGGACUCGCAGGACGUGAUCCUCGUGGACGACGACCCGCCCCCCCCGCCGCCGCUGGUGGCCCCCUCGCCCGCUACGCGUGAGUACCCAACCAAAUUCUAGAAUAUUCGACGCAUAAUGCCCCCCUCCAAGCGUCCGGCGUCGCCCGCGCCGCUCGCUGACGACAAGAAAGCCAAACGUGACAAGAAACCUAAGAAACGGAGGGGCCACAGCCGCGCCGGGUCGGGCAGCGAGGCGGCGCCGGCGUGGGGGGCGCGCAACGGCUCGUCCCCGCCCCCCGCCCCCGCCGCGCCCCCGCGCAAGAACGGUUGCCGCCCCGCCGUGCACUACACGAGGAAUGUGCACCAGAUGCCGCCUAUUGGGGCUAAGAAGGUGAAAACGACGAAAGAGUUACUGGAAGAGAUCCAGUCGCGCGGCAAUAAGCCCAUCGGGUCGCCGACCUCGCCCGGCUCGCCGGACGUCAUGCUCAUUGAACCUGAACCAUGCCCCAUCAAAGUGGACUCUCCGCUGCGCAACGGCGGCGCGUCCCCGCCCCCCGCGCCGCCGCCCCCCGAGGAGCCCCCCGCCCCCCCUCUACCACCCCUGGAGGACGAGCGCGAGUACCAGGAGUGCACGUGCGGCGAGGAGCUGGACGCGGCCUGCCCCGCCGCGCGCGAGCUGGAGGUGUCCCCGCUGCAUGUGCACGCUCUACAUCAUUCAUACCUCCCUGGUAUCAACGGCACCAGGGCACCUCUACACCCGCACCAAUUCGCAGUCAGGAAACUCACCGAUCCAGAGAAACCGGCGCUGUUUAACAGUGUGGUCCCUCUGUAUAUGUACUCGGAUUACGCGGACGAUCAUUGCGUGAAGAACAUGAGUAGAGUGCCGCUUUGUACGCAUCUGCCGUGGACGGAGUUCGCGCCCCCGCCGCCCUCGCCGCCCCCGCCGCCGCCCCCGCCCUCGCCCCGCCCCUACCCCAUAGACACCCUCCCUCCACCAGAGGUGAAGGAGGAAACUAACGGAGAUGGGUCGAGCGACGAGGACGCUGAAGAAGCGAAGGUUGAGCCGAUGGACUUGGAGGAGUCUAUAGCGUCGUACAAGUGCACGAAGAUCGAAGCGGAGAUGGUGGGCAUCGCGCCGCUGGAACCCAGCGAGCGGCUCAAGGCGCCGAUACUGACAGCCGAGGAUGAAGAGCUAGUGCAUGCAGAGCCGAAGUGUGACGUGAAAAUGGACGUGCAAAGUGAAUUCGCGAGUGAACCGCAGGAGCACAGGACGGUGGAACGCACGAAAGUGGUGCCAAAGUGUGAUAUAGACGGACGGACACUGUACAGUAUGUGUGAGAGUGCGCGGGUUGGGGUGCCGUAUAGCUACGAGCAGGCGUCGCCGGCGCCCGUGGUGACGUUGCCGCUGGAGAUCACGGACGCAGCGGAUGUUCUAGACCUGGCGUUGCAGCAUGCGGAUGCUUCUACGGACCGGGACGAGAUGACCCGGCCGCUGCGCCCGGACAACUUCACCGAGUGGCACGAGUGCGCCCGCCUCGGUGACCUCAUCGCCCUGCCCUAUGUCGUCAUCGACUGACCGAGCCCUGUGAUACUCCCGCGUGCCCUCAGCCGCUCCAUCCUGCUAUUUGUAGCUCAUUGUUGUAGUUUGUAAGUCUUUGUUGUAUGGCGAGAAUCGAUUCCUUCCCAAAGAAGCAUCUGUUGUAUAAACGAUUAGAGCGUGUAUAAAUAGCAGAAUGGAACGUGUCGUUGCUAAGUCAUACUGUUGUCGGGUUAAGCGUUUUUCUUUUUGUACUAAAAGUGCAGUGCAAAGUGCCAAAAUUGUAGACGUCUCUCAAGUAAUGGACGCUCGACCAAAGCUUCCGUUUACUGACUAUGUUCCAAGUGUCCUUACGUUAGGUUUAAGGGUAACAUUUGUAAAUAAGAGUGUUGGUAACGAUAAGGCUCGAAUCUGUAAAUACAGUUUGUAAGUUAGAGAAUGUAGUUAGGAAUGAAAAUGGUGCGUUCGCGACGAAAUGGGAUCUUGAAAUUGUUGUUAGGUUUAAUGUUUUUGUUGCUGGCAACAUCGCGGUGGGGGACGUUCGCUCGAAGUUGAAGGAUCGAGGCAUUUGUAAAAGCUGCGUUCCGUUUUACGCAAACAUUCUCUAGUUGUUCGUACAAAUAAUGUUAAGAUUUUCUUGUUUGGAUGGGGGAAAAAUACUUUAAAAGUGUAUUUAAAGAUUACAUUUAACUGAUAGCGAUUUUCUUUUUCUUGUGCUCUUUUGAAAAAAUCGUAUCAAAUGGUUUUUAACAAGUUUUCAUGUUUUGUGUGAAACGGAACGCACCUGAGUUUGGGUUUAUGCAGAUUUUAGCGAUAUUUUUAGUCACCUGUGUCCACUUUAAAGUGUUUUAGUCAUGUAUUUAUUUUAUAACGCUUUAGGUGAGAUAAAAGUAAAGCAUAUUUUGUACUCGAUGGGCCCACUCCCGUAAUGCGACGAACUGACGCAAAUUGUAGCAAAACUCUGACUAAACGUAUCCUAAUGGUCCACCACACUAUGUGUAUAGGUAUUCGAAUUAAAAAUUCCCAUUAAGACAAAAAAAAUAUCUCUAGACUGUUCAUAUUGAGUUGUUACCGAUUGUGAUUAAUAAAGAAAAGAAAAUUUAGAUAAUUAAUUAUAAAUAAUAGGAGUUCCAAUUGUAUAAUUAUACUUAUAUAUUGCUAUAUAUGAUUGUAUCGAGUCUGGUUCCAAAAUAUUCCAAAUAUCAAUAAGUUUAGCACUUGCAACGGGUGUGAUGUUGAAGACUAUAUUUAUCUGUGCGGUAAAUAUGUGAUCCUACUCUUAUUCUACUACUUGAUAAGGGUAAAUUUUAAAUAUUUCUUUGAAACUCAGGCUGCAUUGAUGGGGUCUUCACUGCUUAGUAAAUCAUUAUUGCCGUCGCUGAUUAUUUCAUAAGCGGUCCUAUGGAUCGCGCUAAAACUUCAGAACGAGACUGAAAAUCAUUUGUGAAACUGUUAUUUCUAUGUGACCACAUUUCACACAGUGAAAACCUUUACACCGCACUAUAAAAGUAAUCAUUAUUUUAAAAACUCAAAAGAAAAGACUGUUAUUAUAAUAAUUUUCCUAAAAUUUCAUGUAUUUACCGUAUACUACUAUUUCUAUCAAAAGUUGCAAGAUAACAUUUUGGUACUAUAAAAACCUACAUUUGGCGCACAUUUUUGAAACUAUUAUCAUACUGUAAAUGUUCCUUUGCCAAAUAGUAGGUUUUAUUCCACGCUUUCUGUUUAGUGAGCUUUCUUUAUUAACCUGUUGUUGAAAAAACCAAAAAUCAUUGAAAUUGCUGUAGGUGUGUUCAAUUGCUUAUUAUUUUAGUUAUUGUUAAUAAUUUGAUUCACGUUUUCAUAGAUACUUUUAUGGAAGUGUAGUGCUUUCGUUAUACCAAUCGUGCAAUCUUGAUACGCAGUGUAUUAACAAAGUAUAUUUUCCUAGUUCUUGUUUAUGUAGUUUUGUUUGGAUUAUGUUUUCGUUAAUUACAUCCAGUCACCUUGACACUCGUAUAUCAAAGAAAUUGUGUGUUUUAAACGUGACUGCCUGUAAUCCAUUACGUUUUAUCAAUCAUUUUAGGCAUUUUGUAUUGUUAUUAUAAUAUUUUCGUUGACACACAUAACAUGUAUAACUUUAUCAAUAAUGACAUAUCUCGAUAUUGUUUCUACUUUAGAAGUGAAGAGCCAUGAUUGUAAAGUAACUCAAUUCGCACAUUUAGAGCCCUUAGUUCGUACAGAGGAAAUGUUAACUGUAACAUAACUAACAUCACUAAACAGAAGCGUCUAAAUUGCCUUAAAUAUAUGUGAGAAAUAUGUAAACCGAGUAGAUUUGGCGAGGUGUCUGCAUUUUGCAAUCGUUGGGUUGUGGCGACUGACCGCUCGGCCCCACGGUAGUCGACUCCGUAUUCUGAGAUCGGUAAACAAGGUCUGCGUAGAUAGACAUGUUUCCAGAGUUUUGGUAAAGAUAAAAGCAAAAUAUAUGUGUUUUUAUUACGA